AUGCAGGAUAAGGAAUUUGCCUUGGCCAAGUCGCUGCUGACGGCAUUGUCUGGCCGUGCACACACCGAAAAGCACGCCGACUCCUCAUCUUUCAUCAAGGCCAAAUACCAAAGCUCGAGCGCUGUCAAAGCCAGCAACAGCAGUCGUCGCCACCGAUUCGACGACAAGUCAGGCCCGCCAGCUCCACGCGGCUCGCUCACUCAAGACAAGCUCUCCUACCUCGACUGGCGUCUGAAGCGUAUCAACCAGGUCCGUCAAAAGUCGGAAGGCACCAUGCAUUGCUGGAUCGACGGUCGUGAUACGAUCGGACGCAACUCGAUCGAUGUUGCCCCUUCGUGUCAGGUCGCAGUGCAGUGCCAACGAGAGGUAGGGUCGGAGCGAUCAUUGGCACCAGCAUCAGCAUCAGCGGCAGCAGCAAAGGCUGCGGCAUUGGCACCUAACACCAUAGCCGCCGUGAUCGCCUCGGAAAAGGCUGCAGGUCUUAAGGCACUCGAACAUGGUCUUGCGGACGACAGCAUGCUGGCAUCGAUGCCUCGCCUAUCGAAGCGCGACUCAAAUUCCGGCUCCGAGAUGUCUGGCUCAUCGGACCAACACGCCUUGGAAGCGCCAGCAGCCGGACUUGAUGCAAGUUCGGAUAGGGACGUUGGCGGAAUGUACUUCACGCGGCCUCGAAAGUCGUUUCUUGCCAGCGUUGGCUCUCGCUUGAGCAAGAGCAGCAAGAAGUACGACGGAGCCUCUGGACUCGCAUCCAAGGUCGAAGCCACUUCUCAUUCGACGACGGCGCGUAGGCAUCGCUCUAUCGCUCGCAUCUGGAACCGUUAG